AUGAGAGAGCACUUGGAGCUAUGGCGUAUGCGUCAAGAGAGAAAUCUUGAGUGUAUGGCUAUGACAGAGGAUCGUAGGUAUGAACCUAAGUUAUCCGACUUAGUGUUCCCCUCCAAGUGCCCGGCUAAUCGCAUUGGUCACCAUCUUGAUGUUAUAUGGUCUGGUCCUUCAACUAUCACUUCACUCAACGGUACUGCAAUGGUUGGUAUAACCCCCGGUAUUAUUCUAGAAGGUGUUGGAGGGGUAGUUGUGAGUGAAGAGGGAAAGAGUCUAGAAGUGCCAGAAGGUUACGGUCCUUCGGAGGUAUACCCACUUGAGAACAUCAAGCAUGCUCCGGCAUUGCAAGGUGUGAUUUAUGGAUAUCUUCAAGAAGGGACAAAAGUCUUUCUGGAUUCACAGGGAGCUAUUAAGGAUAUGACCCUGAGGCCUGGAACGGAGAUUGACGACUUACGUUUACUUCAACGUGCCAGGAAGAAGAUGGAUUUGGAGAAGAUAGUUCGGGAAUCCGGACGGGUCCGAGACGAAUUUGGGUCAGAACUGUUACUCUCUCCUGGUAUUUGUCCUUCUGAUGAAGAGACACAACAGCUUGAGGAUAGAUUGCUACCACCAGAGAGCUUCAUUAUGGGUGACUCGGAGGAAGGUGUACCUUCUGAGGAUGAGGAUCCAGAUGAGGAAGAUAUGGUGGAUCUUUCAAGGCUUCGAGAACAACUUGGUGUUGAUGAUGAUUAUGAAUUUAGAAGGUUCAUGAAGAAAGCACCUCCAAAUGGUUCGGAUGUGGUUGUGGCGGACAAUGACUACGACGGGUUAGCCACUGUUCUCGAGGGUGAUGCGGGAACUGAGGAUGGAUCUAUGUUGGUCCAGCCUAUGAGGGUUGAACUCCUCGGUGGAUGCUUAGAACAUGCCAAGGCCACUGAUGAGGACAUCCUUACGGUACAGCUCGAUAAUAUGGUCUACGUCAGUCCGUGUGACCAUAAAUGGACACGCAAAAGGAGUCGAGACCUAUUGAAGCUAUUACACGAUGUCCAGGUUCCCCAUUGCUAA